AUGAGGAAGUCGGCCGUUGAAUACGCUUUGAAUACGCCCUAUGGGGCAACCGCCAAGUACCGCAAUCUAUCGAGCUGCGGGUUGGUGAUAUUGGAGCAGCAACCUUAUGGACUGGCAGCUCAUGACAUCGCACCCGACCGGGGUGCUUCUGCGUGGACGGCUGCGUCCAGCAGCCAGGCAACUGUUGACCUCGGUUAUGAAGUCCACCAGGCUAUCUCCUUCAACGAGACCACUGGCAUCCUCAACUUCACCAAUAUCCGCUAUGCCCAGGCUCCCAUAGGUUCUCUCCGCUUUCGCGCACCGCAGCCUUCGACUGGACGCAAUCCCGAAAUCCAACUUGGCGAGCAAGGUCGCAUUUGCCCACAGGCAAUGCCUGAGUGGUUCGAUAUCACGCAACAAUUCGUUUCAGCAUACGCCGCAGGCAACCAGUCAACUUUCAACUAUACCAAUGCCGAAGAAAUAGCGCGUACCAUCCGGGAACAGAGGGAGUGGCCCGCUCCGUGGGCUAACCCAAACAACCACACGACUGAGGAUUGCCUCUUCCUGGAUGUUGUUGUUCCCAAGAAAGUGUUCGACAGCGCCAAGAAUGGUACGUCUGCGACUGGGUACAAAGGGGUGCCUGUUCUAGUAUGGAUUCACGGAGGCGCAUACGCUAUUGGGAAUAAGAUAUACGACAACAGUGCCGACCCGACCGGCCUCAUUCGAUCUAGUCAGGCCGACUGCAGUCCCGGCAUUAUCUACGUGAGCAUGAACUACCGACUAGGAGCACUUGGAUGGCUUGCUGGGCCAUCAUUGCAAGCUUCUGGUGGAGUGUCAAACGCUGGUCUCCAGGACCAGAGGCUCGCCCUGGAAUGGGUCCAAAAACAUAUCCACUUGUUUGGAGGGGACCCUGAGCAGGUGACCGUCAUGGGAGGAUCUGCGGGAGGAGGAAGCAUCUUGCAUCAUAUCACGGCAUACGGAGGGUUGAAACCUGCCCCUUUUGCGAGGGCAAUUCCCCUGUCGGCCGGUUGGAUCCCCGUCACCUCUCAGUAUGAGCAAGAGAACUCCACGAACAGUUUCCUGCAAUUUCUCAACGUCAGUACUGUUGAGGAGGCACAGAAUUCAUCAACGGAGGAAGUCAUCUUGGCCAACGCUAAGGCAGUCGGUUCGUCCAAAUGGAUUUCAACAACCUUUGGUCCUGUCAUUGACGGAGGUCUCGUGCCGGCAUUGCCCGGAAUUUCUCUGCUCAAGGGCGAGUUUGAUCACAACGUCUCAAUUAUGACGGGCCACGCCGCCAACGAGGGCGCAAACUUCUCCCCACCCUUCGUCGAAACCAACGACCAAAUGGCCGCGAUGCUCCGCGAUGCAUGGCCCAAGAUAGAGGAGCCUGCCGUCAGCUACAUUGUCGACGAACUCUACCCGGAACCGGGUGUCAAUCGCACCAUGCUCUAUGUUGCCGAGUUGGGGUUCGCAUGCAACGUCAACUAUCUGGCUCGGGCAUUUGGGAACAAGACCUACAACUACGAGUUCCGAGUACACCCAGGUGUUCAUGGUUCUGACUUCCCUUACGCUUUCUACAAUGGUCCAGAUGAGGUGGAAGGAGGUAUUUAUGUCGGCAGUCUUGGGCCUGUCAUUGUCAAUGUCGCUCGUACGCUGCAGGGCUACAUUGUCAACUUCGUUAAGUCCGGUAACCCCAACGGGGUUGGCCUCCCCGAGUUCCCAGUCUCGGGCGCUAACGCAGGAAUGCUGGCAUUCAACAACAGCGGCGUCAGUGUUGUUGGCGACACGACGGCUAACGAAAGAGGCUUGGCUACGGUGAUCCUAUUCGCUAUACUCGCCGCCACCCAACGCCAGGCUUCACUCUCCCUCCCGUGCCCUUCUACGAUACCCUCACUACCUGUCCGAUGUGUGGCUUGGCACUCCUGCUCCCACACUCUUUUGCCCACGCUCUUUUACACCGCCAAGAUGAAGUUGGCUUCAAGCCCUAUCGGCCUCACGUUGUUGGCGAUAUCAACGAUCUGCGUCCAAACCGCCUGGGCUCAAUGCUUUGGUAGCGACACGUUGUGUGCUGUUCGAAAUGGGGCCACGCCAUACUGCGUCAACAACAAUUGCGUUGCAUGCCGUACCAGCCAGAACUGUCGAGUUCCAGGUGACACUAACACUUGUCGUGCAUGCACCGCCAACACCGAAUGCUCCACUGAUGGAUCUAAAGUCUGUUCCCUUGCUGGAAUCUGCGCACCGCCUUGUACCAGUGACACUCAAUGUGCCGGCGGUGCCAACGGACAACCGGUACAGGGUGGCGGCUCGAUCUGCCGCGACGGACGCUGUUCUCCUUGCACCUCGAACUCCGACUGCAACACCUCAACUGCCGGCCCCACCUGCGACACUGCUUCCGGCCGAUGUGGUCUUUGCAAUACAAUCGCCGGGAAUGCUGGCUGUACUGGCUCACCGGGUCUUCCGGUCUGCAACCAAAACACCGGCCAGUGCGGUCCUUGUACUUCGGCCGCAGAUUGUGCCGGCUCGUCAAUCGGUCCAAACUGCAACGCUGGCACCGGUGCUUGUUUCCGUUGCACGAGUGGCACCGAUUGUGCUAAUUCACCUACCGGUCCGGUCUGCGGAUUCGAUGGCACUUGUCAGCCUUGCAACAGCAACGGUGCUUGUACCAACUCACCAAACGGUCCGACCUGUGUCGUUCGCACCGGUCUUUGUGGCCGGUGUACCAGCAAUGCUGAUUGUACCGGCAACCAGUCGGGCACUACAUGCUCCGGUGGGAAUUGUGGCUUUGCUUGCACCAGCAACCAACAGUGUGCUGCUCUUGCUCCCGCUGCCGGUCCGGCCUGCGAUACUGACAAUGGCCUUUGUCGGGCUUGUACUCAGAACUCUGAAUGCGUUGGUAACCCUACCGGCACAAUCUGCGGCAAAGCUGGUGAUCCGGUCGGAGUCGUCGUUGGUCAAUGUAAUCAAGAAUGUUGCCAGGAAGGCCUUGGUCAAUGUGACAACAACCCAAUGGGACCUUACUGCGCCAAGAACGCUGCUGGUUCUUUUGAAUGCGGUCCAGCUCCCGCGGGUCCAGCUCCCCCGACAACGACAUCGACAACUGGAACCACAACUGCAGCCUCCACCAGCUCAUCAACCGCCGUAUCAACGAGUCAAGCAGCUGCUGGUUCUUCUACAAUAUCGACGAACCCGGCUGCUGCCUCGUCCUCAUCCUCUCAACCAUCAACAAUUCCAGCAGCCUCCACAGGCCCUGCAGCCGGUACUUCGGGUAGCACUUCAACAGGCCAAGCUGUUGGCAGCAGCUCUUCAACUACUCUGUUUCCUUCCAACAGUGGCGUUGCAUCCACAUUGGCUCCAGUUGCAUCUAGCUCAGUCGGCUCUUCGUCGCUGGCCAACUCGAUCCCUCCCGGUUCUUCUUCCCCAGCCAAUUCAGUUUCUCCCGGCUCUUCAUCUUCGGCCAAUCCCAUUCCACCUGGUUCUUCUUCCCCGGCAAACUCAGUCUCCCCCGGUUCUUCAUCUUCAGCCAACCCAGUCCCUCCCGGCUCCUCAUCUGCAGCCAACCCAGUCCCUUCCGGUUCUUCAAAUAACCCAGGUCCUACUGGGUCUUCGUCCAUGGCCAACUCAGCCGUUCCCAGUGGCUCUUCAACCCCGACGGGCUCUACUCCGACAGACACGUCCGAGUUCACUUUCACGCUCGGCGAACCCACCGACACUUCCACUGACGCUUCCACCGCCACGUCUGACCCAGUCCUUCCCAGUGACUCUGCAACCCUAACUGACUCUAGCUCUACCGGCUCGUCUGAGUUCACGCUCACAUCCACGUCCGGCGAAUCCACUGCCACUGCCACUGCUACUUCCACCGCCACACCCAACCCCCCUAUUCUCACUGUCGAAGGCAACACCUUAAGCAAUCUCGGCUGCUUCGGAUCUCCGUCUGGCUACCCAGGCUUCAACCUGACGCUGACCUCCGCGCUGAUGACUCUUGAGCUCUGCGCUGCUACUUGUCCCACCACCAUACAGUACGCAGGUGUCGUAGGAACCGACUGCUACUGCGGAAACGUCGUCGACAGCACCAACGAGGUCAGUGUUCCCGAGACCCAGUGCGACACUCCCUGCCCUGGCAACCCCGACCAGCGCUGCGGUCAUGCCGUUACUCCCUCCGGGUCUCGUCAUAAGCGUCAGCUUCUAUCGGUUGAGAUCCGCCUGACCAUCUUCGCCCGUGUCGUUGGCGGCAUCUCCAGCACUAGCUCUGGCGCCUCUGGUACUGCUACCAUCUCUGGAUCUAGCACCGCUGGUGUCAAUGCAAGCACCGUUACCGCCACCUUCACAACCACAGCCGUCAUUACUGUCGGAACCGCUGUCGUCAGCGGUGUUCAGACUAUCACGACCACAUACUGCCCGUUGUGCCAGGACUGUAGCGGCCCCUUCUGCUACAAGCCAAGCCCUUGCGUUAGUGGCAUGUGUUUCGGCCAGCCCUGCAUCGAUGGUGACUGCUGGAAGAGGUUCAUCUCUUACGGCGGCUACUGUGGUUAUGACUCUGGUUGCUCUGGUUCUCAAUGCCAGCGUCGUCUUGUCUGCUACGAAGGCGUCUGGUUCCCAGACGUCUGUGACGGAUACGACUGCGGGCGCAAGAUUGUCUGCACUAACGGCCAGUGCGAGUACGCUACUCCGGGAAGCAAGCAUUAUGAUGAGGUAGUUGUCUGUUACGGAAACAACUGCGAGGUCCAAAAGUGCAGCGGAGACGCCUGCAACCAGAAGUACGUCUGCAAAGAUGGCUCCUGCGGGUUCCAGUCUGGCUCUGCAUCUGAGGCCGGUCAGAAGUACGUCUGGAAUGGCAGCACCGGCAACUACACUCUCGACGAGGGUUGCAAGAGCAAUUGCCGUCAGCCUCUGGCCCCCGUCCCUGUUGGUCCCUCUCCGGGGCCCGGUGGUGCUCCUUCUCAACCUACUGCCGGUGGUGCGGCUCAGCCAGGUCAAUCUGGUGUUCCUCAACCCGGUCAGCCUGGUUCUCCCCAGCCUCCCGCUAGUGGGCUUCCUCAGCCUUCCACCGGCAAUACUCCUACCGGAGGCGCCCCUGCCGGAGAUGCCUCGACUGAAGGUGCUCCGGCUGGGAGUGCUCCGGCUGGAAGUGCUCCGGCCGGUGGUCCUAAUGCUCAGCCUCCUUCAGAUGCCGGUGGUGCUUCCCAGCCUCAGUCCCCCCCUGGUGGUUCUCCUCAGUCGCCCUCUGGUGCCGGUGGUGCUCCCCAGCCCCAGCCUUCCGUUGGUGGUGCGCCCCUUGCCGGCGGUGCUCCUCACUCUCCUCCGUCCGGCGCCGGGGGUGCUUCUCAACCUCAGCCCCCCGCCGGUGGUGCCUCCGCAGGAGUUACGCCCGUCAGCCCUUCUGUGGUGACCACUGCUACGGCUGGCAAGCUUGUUGCUGGCUUUGGUGCCCUUGUUAUGGGUGUGCUCGUUCAUGCCAUCAUCUUUUGA